GACCAGGGUCUGCAGAUCCGGCUCCUCGGCCUGUCUCCGAACCAGAGCGCCUGCACACACACAGAAACACACACACACUCUCUCAGGGAACCAGGGAAGGAAGGAUCAACUUCAGAGGUCAGGUGUUUCAGGGACUACUGCUGGAACUCUGCCCCUGCUCCUCUACCCCAAACUCUCACACCCAUUCCCUUUCUACAGAGCGGACAAGAGGGUGAACUUUAAAAGGUUUGGACCUCCAGGAGGGAGGGUGAGUCCCGUUUCCUACGGAGAGCUGUACCUAUGAAUGGAAUUCAUUUGAGGGUGUACUGUGUACUGUGAAGGACUGCGAAGAGCAGUCCCCACGGGUUCGUACGGGUCUGGGUGGGGGCGGGGCCCCUAGGAGAGGUAUGAAUCAGUGUUCGAAAGAAGUAUUCAGUCUUCCCUGGGCCACCUUUCACAGGCUAUAUGUCUCCAGGCUACACAGUGGAGGGAACUUCAGUGACUCAGGCCCCAAGACGCUCCCUCUAGUGUCUUGCUCGUUAAAAGAUUUUUCCCGACCUUGGAGAGGCAGGGCAAUUUAACGCCAUCUAUUUGAGUAGAUCUAAGGACCUAACCAAUCAAGUACAGCCUGUCCCCGCAGUGCCGGGGUUGGAGCUCUCUGGACGUAAGGUCGGCCACUCUUUUGCGUUCUCCUUUCCUAUUGGCCAAUGCUCGGCAGCCAAGCAGCCUUUUCUUUUUCUUUUUUUUUAAAUCCAUUGGGCGGAGCCCAAUCAAGGAGGGUUGGGUCUCUGAAAUCUUUUUUGUCGCCCGGUUCCAAGAUGGCGUCCGUGACCACGCUGGGGGUGCAGCGUGAAGCCGCAGUUGUGCCAUCAGUCAAGAUGGCUGCCCCCAUCAAGAUGACCGGGGUGUGCCUGGGGGAAAGGGGCAGCAUGAUGGUCUGAGAAGGUCUAGCGUUGGACUAUGUGGAAGUUUCUGGGGCUGGGGAGCCGGAUAAUGGGGGGUGGGGCCCGUGGAGGGUAGAGGGAGCAAGAGCGUCCUUUCCCAGGCGAACCCCGGCCCCUCCCUGACCUCUCUACUGAAAUGGGGAACACACUGGGCCUGGCACCUAUGGGGGCUUUGCCCCGCCGGAGCCCCCGUCGAGAGGAGCCUCUCCCCAACCCUGGGAGCUUUGAUGAGCUGCACCGGCUAUGCAAAGAUGUAUUCCCAGCACAGAUGGAGGGAGUGAAGCUCGUUGUCAACAAGGUUCUGAGCAGCCAUUUCCAGGUGUCUCACACUGUGCACAUGAGCGCUCUGGGCUUGCCCGGCUAUCAUCUUCAUGCGGCCUAUGCUGGGGACUGGCAACUUAGUCCCACUGAGGUGUUCCCCACUCUGGUGGGCGACAUGGACAGCAGUGGCAGCCUCAACGCCCAGGUCCUGCUCCUCUUGGCAGAGCGGCUCCGAGCCAAGGCUGUCUUUCAGACGCAGCAGGCCAAGUUCCUGACCUGGCAGUUUGAUGGCGAGUAUCGGGGAGAUGACUACACAGCCACUCUGACCCUAGGAAAUCCGGACCUGAUUGGGGAAUCAGUGAUCAUGGUCGCUCACUUCCUGCAGAGCCUCACUCAUCGGCUGGUGCUGGGAGGAGAGCUAGUUUAUCACCGGCGGCCGGGCGAAGAGGGGGCCAUCCUGACACUGGCUGGGAAGUACUCGGCCGUACACUGGGUAGCUACGUUGAAUGUGGGAUCAGGUGGGGCCCAUGCAAGUUAUUACCACAGGGCAAAUGAACAGGUUCAGGUUGGAGUGGAGUUUGAAGCAAACACAAGGCUACAAGACACAACCUUCUCCUUUGGUUACCACCUGACUCUGCCCCAGGCCAACAUGGUAUUUAGAGGCUUGGUGGAUAGUAACUGGUGUGUGGGUGCUGUGCUGGAGAAGAAGAUGCCCCCCCUGCCUGUCACCCUUGCCCUCGGAGCCUUCCUUAAUCACUGGCGCAACAGAUUCCACUGUGGCUUUAGCAUCACUGUGGGCUGAGGUCACCCCAGAGCCAGCCCACACAACAGUUGGAGCCUCCGAGUCAGGUGUCCUGGGGCCAGAGCCCUCUCCAGAGCCCACCUUGCUGGGUGACCUCUGGGUCCCAAGAGCAGAGUGGGAACAGGACCACACCCUCCUCAGAACUGAAGCUGCCACAGGGGCAGCUGCUGAGGCAGUGGUUUGAGUCUCCCACCUCUGCCAUCAGUCCAGUAUCAUCUUCCCAUGCUCUUAUGGCUCUGGACUAGGGGAGAAGAAUUAAGGGGUAUGUCUGGCUGAAUUUUCUCUCCUCACUCCCACCUCCUCUAUUUCUCUGUGGAUUAAAGCUCCUAGCCUCUUUCUCUUCA